UUUACAACUCCACGACUUUUUAUUCCAAAUAAUCACUCUUUCGAACCACCGAAUACGACCAAACCAUCCAACAAAAUGAAGUUCACAACCGCCUUCGUUGUCCUAGCCACCGUUGCCGCAGCCAACGCCCGCCUCCUCUAUGCCCGUACCCCACAAGCCAACAGUCAGAAAUUCACUGGCGCGCUUGGUGGAAUUGCGGCAACCCCGGUUCUCGAUUCUGGAAAUGCGGAUAGGCCAUUUAGCGUGAAAGGUGAUACAUUCGUGAAUAUUGGUGCUGCGCUUCAGCGGUCUUGCGACCAGCAAUUCAACGCUUGCGCGAAUGCGGCGAAUGCAGGUGCCGUGGAUUUCUCGUCCUCGGAUUGUCAAGAUCAGAAGACUCAAUGCUCUGCUGCCAACUAGAUACUGAAUCACAUCUUGGCGUUAUCCAUAAGCAAGGACAGUAACUGUGUCACGGUGUCCCAUAUCUCUGGGAGUUCCAUGACUGACAACGUCUGUUACGCAAGAC